AUGGCUGCCCAGAAAGUAGCCAUCACUGGUGCUGGUGCCUCUGGCCUGUGUGCCUUGAAAUGCUGCCUGGAUGAGGCGCUGGAACCCACCUGCUUUGAGAAGAGCAGAGACAUCGGGGGGCUCUGGCGCUUUGAGGAGCACCCUGAGGAGGGCCGCGCCAGCAUCUACCGCUCUGUCAUCAUCAACACCUCCAAGGAGAUGAUGAGCUUCAGCGACUUCCCAAUCCCCGAAGACUUCCCCAACUACAUGCACAACUCCAAGAUCAUGGAGUACUUCCGCAUGUAUGCCCAGCACUUCAACCUGCUCCACCACAUCCGAUUCUGCUCACUUGGGCUGGAAAAGUUUGAGGGCUGGUACCUGCACAGCUGGGACUACAAGAGUCCACAGUCCUUCUCAAGGAAGCGGGUAGUCGUGGUUGGCAGCGGGAAUUCAGGCAUCGACAUCUCAGUGGAGCUGAGCCAUGCAGCUGAGCAGGUCUUCCUCAGCACCAAGCGUGGAACCUGGGUGCUGCACCGGGUAGCAGAUGGCGGGUAUCCCUUUGACUUUUCCUAUCUCAGCCGCUUCAUACAGCUCUUCCAAAGCCUGCUGCCUCAAAAAGCCAUCAGUUUUCUCCUGGAGAGGAAGCUUAAUGCCCGCUUCAACCAUGAGCUCUAUGGCCUGCGGCCCCAGCACCGGGUCCUUGACCAACACCCAACCAUCAGUGAUGACCUGCCCAACCGCAUCAUUUCAGGCAGGGUGCUGGUGAAGCCAAACACCCAGGAGUUCACAGAAACAUCUGCCAUCUUUGAAGACGGCACCAGGGAAGACAUUGACGCUGUGGUCUUUGCCACAGGCUACACCUUCUCCUUCCCCUUCCUUGAAAGCUAUGUGAAAGUAAUGGAGAACCAGAUUUCCCUCUACAAAUUCAUGUUUCCCCCUGAUCUGGAGAAGCCAACACUGGCUUUCAUUGGCCUCGUCCAGCCCCUGGGUGCCAUCAUGCCCAUCUCUGAGCUCCAGUGUCGCUGGGCCACCCACAUCUUCAAGGGGCUGCAGGACCUGCCGCCAUCCGCUGACAUGCUGGCUGAUGUCAUGCAAACCAAGAAGAAAAUGGCCAAGUACGUGAAGAGCCAGCGGCACACCAUCCAGGUGGAUUACAUCCCUUACAUGAACGAGCUCACCUGCCAGGUGGAGGUCAAGCCCAACCUGCUCACCCUCUUCCUCACCGACCCCAAGCUGGCAUGGGAGGUUGCCUUUGGGCCCUGCACUCCAUACCAGUACCGCUUGCGGGGCCCAGGCAAGUGGGCCGGUGCCAGGGAGGCCAUCCUCACCCAGCAGCAGCGUGUGGUCAGGCCUCUGCAAGGCAAUGCUGGGGACCACGCUGCCCCCUCCAGCACCACACCCCACAUCUUCAAGGUCUUCUUCAGCAUCGGGUUGAUUAUGGCCACCCUUGUCUAUGUCUUGCUGCCUCCUUAA